UUCCAAACUUCGGAGGAAUAAACUCAAUUUGGAAAAUGGAAACCCUCUGCCUACUAGGCUUAGUAUGUGUGCUACCAGUAUGUUUUGCUGGUAUGGCAUUCCCAGUAAAAUCUACCACAUUCACUGUAGAUGCAUUCUCUAAGAUCAACCCAGAUAUAGAAUGGGACCCUACAAACUUCCUGGUGGAUCUCUCAGGACCAUAUACACUGUGUAAGCAUAGUACUGACUAUGGUGAGAUGAAAGUUUUCGAGAAAACACAGUCUGGCGGAAAUAUAGGGGGAAUGAUUGAGUCCACUCUCAGCUCAGGGGAGACAGCGGAUCAGGCAGAUAUUGAUAUCAGACGUGUUAUGAGCACCUGGGUCAACAAAAGUCCAUUUAGAGAACAGAUUAAAAAGGCCACGAGGUUUGGGUGCAGUAUUCAGCCUGGUUGUAUAGAUGGCACUGCAGUUAUAGGAUGUCUCUUCACACCAAAGAUAAAUGGUAAGAUAAACCCACCAACAAGGAUCCCAGGCCCUCCAGUGCCAGGAACUAGACGACCAGUCCCAACAUUUAGACCUCCCCCUGUCUACCCAACACCAAAUUAUGAUCAAAGGGCUGUUGCCUUCACAAAAGAGCAGUAUGAAACAGCAGAGACUAUUACAGGAAGUGACUGGGACACUUCUCACUUCUUAGAGAAUCUCUCUGGCUUUGAGACAACGUGUGAUAUGAUUGGACAGAAUGACUGGUCAUUUUCCAAGGCAAGAGACCUAGCAGCAGAUCGCGGCGUAAAUAUAUUUGGUGUUUUUGGAUCAGCUCCGAUCUAUGACGAUGAUACAACAGAGGCUAUUGCUACAAUUCUCUACUCCUGGGACACAAUUGUUGCUGAAAAGGCUGGAUGUAGUGCUAUCCCAGACUGUAUUGAUGAGGAUGGCGCAAUGAUCACAGUUGUAUCAUGCUUAUUUAGAGAGGAAUAAGUGAUUCACUGCAUACAGUGGAGAAGACUCAAGAAAUGGACAAUUGGUUCCAAGGACUGCAUUUACAUAUACUCACAUCUCCAAGGACUGCAUUUACAUAUACUCACAUCUCCUUUAUAAAUAUAGCAUAUAGAAUCCAUAAAUAUAAUCAAUGUAUCAUUUGCAAGCAAAA